GUGCCCACGCGACGCAUCGUGAUCUGCAGCAUCUGCUUCUUCUUCCAGCUCCUCGCCUCCCCCUCCUCCCGCUUUCCCAACCCCCUGCCCCGCCGCUUCCCAGAUCUCCCGGGCGGCGCCCACCCCCCGUCGCGCUUCUCGCGGCGCUCGUGCUUCGGCGAUGGACGAGUUUGUCCGCCAGGCCGAGGCGUGGGCGGGCGAGGCCGAGCGCUGGAUCCGCCAGCAGCCCCCGGAGCAGAUUUACGUCGCCGCCGCCGUGGUCGCCGUCACGAUUCUGGUGCUCCUCGCAGCUUCUUGUCUGAAAUCCUCAAAAUCAAACACCAUAGUGCUCUCUGGGCUUAGUGGAAGUGGUAAAACUAUACUCUUCUACCAGCUUCGCGAUGGAUCAUCACAUCAAGGGACUGUGACAUCGAUGGAACAUAACAAUGAUACAUUUGUGCUGCAUUCAGAGCUUGAAAGGAAAGGCAAAAUAAAACCUGUUCAUGUUGUUGAUGUUCCUGGUCAUGCAAGGCUGAAACCCAAGCUUGAUGAAUUCCUCCCUCAGGCAGCUGGGGUUGUUUUUGUUGUGGAUGCUCAGGAUUUCUUGUCUAGCAUGCAAGCUGCUGCAGAGUACUUAUAUGACAUUUUGACGAAGGCAACUGUAGUGAAGAAAAGGAUUCCUGUUCUGAUAUUCUGCAACAAGACAGACAAAGUUACAGCUCACUCAAAGGAGUUCAUCAAGAAGCAGCUGGAGAAGGAAGUCAACAAGCUUCGGGAAUCGAGGAAUGCCAUAUCAUCUGCUGACAUCACUGACGAAGUCCAGCUUGGUGUCCCUGGAGAGGCAUUCAACUUCAGCAAGUGCCAGAACAAGGUGACAGUCGCUGAAGGUGCUGGUCUUACCGGCAGUGUUUCAGAGGUGGAGCAAUUCAUCCGCGAGUAUGUCAAGGCCUAGAUUCAUCCCAUCCUGAUACAAAUUAGUGUUUAUGUCUCUGCAAAAUUGCUGUCCGCGUUGCCAGACGUUUGUUGGCGUGAUGAACAAAUUCACAUCGCUAGCUUCUGACCGGUGCUGCCUCUGAACAUGAUCUGUUAUAAAAACUAUAGGUUCUGUCCUGAAUGUGUGGUUUUCACAUGAUUAUUUCAUGAGUUUCAAAGGGAA